AUGCACCAGUCCACUCGCGACUUUGGUCUCCUGCGCCGCCAAUCUGAUGGGUACCAGCCCGAGGACGAGGUCUGCGCCGGCGAAGGCAGCACUUGCGCCGAGGCUUGCGGCACCGGCUACCUUCAGUGCAGCUCCUCCGACUCUUCCGUCCACUGCUACAACCCGGCGGCCAACGAGUCUUGCUGCUCCACCGGCACUGGCAGCUCUUGCUUGGGUAAUUUCUACUGCACCCACGACACCCAGGUCGAGACCUGGUGCUGCCCCAACGGUCUCAACCUCAAGGAGUGCGCCAUCAAGUUUGGUGUCACCGGCGCCCUGACUUCCGACCUGCCCAAGGCCACCUCUACCUCCUCUGCCUACAAGCUUCCCUCCACUACCACCACGAGCACCUCUUCCGUCAUCGUCGAGACCACGUCCGCCCCUGUCAUCGAGUCGAGCACCGUCGCUUCCAUCAACAGCACGACCCAUGUGCCUGUCACCUCGAGUGCGGUGCCCACUAGCCGCAGCACCUUGAUCGCGGCUGCCAACACCACCUCUACUCGCGCCUCGUCCACCUUCCACUCUGCCGCGCCCACCGUCCUCGAGACGACCGCUGCGGCUGCCCCCUCGCCCAGCCAAGUCAACCAGGACUCUGCCGCGUUGGCCAACGGCCCCGCCAGCCUGGCCCUUGUUGCCAGCAUGGCCUUCCUCUUCGCCCUCUUUUGA